AAUCUGCUGAUACGUCCUAUGCUGAUUUUGGAGGUUCCAGAGGUCCAGAAAUGAAGAAAAUAUUUAGCUUCGCGAGGAAAAAGAGCAAAGGCUUAUCCCCCAGUACAUCUGAAACUGGGAGUGUUCUCUCUGUGGGGUACGAGCUCAAGGAUAAGGACCUAAGUAAGUUGCAUAGGGCUGCUGCCAGUGGAGAUGUGUCCAAGAUCAAGCAACUGCUCAGGAAGCAAGACAUCAACCAGCUGGAUAAGGAGAACAGGACACCGUUACAUCUUGCGUGUGCAAAUGGGCAUCCUGAUGCUGUUUCAGUGUUAGUAGAAAGCAAAUCUAAGCUAAAUCUUUGUGACAAUGAUUGCCGAUCUGCUUUAAUGAAGGCUGUCCAGUGUCAGCAAGAACUCUGUGCUACAAUUUUACUGCAACAUGAAGCAGAUCCUAAUCUUGUAGAUGUGAAUGGAAAUUCUGCCCUUCACUUUGCUGCUCAAAUUCCAUCAAUACAAAUAGCAACUGAACUACUUGAACAUGGAGGGAACAUUAAUGCUGGAAAUAGGGAUAAAUGCACUCCACUCAUUCUUGCCGUUUCUGAAAAUCACCAAGAUAUGGUUGAGUUUCUUAUUAAGGAAGGUGCUGAUGUGAAUGCCAAAGACGUAAAUAGCAGAACAUCUCUUAUGAUUGCGUCGAGUAAUGGCUACAUCAGCUUAGUGAGAUUGUUUCUCCAGCAUGGUGCUGAUGUAUCUUUAAAAGAUAAAGAUGGUUGGACUGCUGAUGAUCAUGCUGUAAUGAAUGGACAUCAUGCUUGUUCACAUCUGAUUAUUGAGCACAGUGCAAGAAAACAGCCUAGUACAUCCCCUCCUUUCUAUGGCACAAGUAAAGCACGAGGUGCGUCAUCGAUUAGCAGUCCUGAGAGGAUAGUGGAAGGUGGUUUUGUUUUGGGAGGUCCUGCUAAGGAUAAGGAAGUUACAGAAGACAUUUCCCAAGCAGAGUCGGUUAGCCGUGCCUCUGGAAAGUCAGCGGACGUAGACUCAUGGCCUUCAGAUGAAGACGAUCUAGACUUUUUUCCUCAGACCCCACCAAAACCGAGUUUGAAACAACUACUCAAUACAAAAGAAAAUGUUAAUGAAAAAGGUAGAGUUACCACAGCACAGCCUAUAGCCUUUGCCCUGCAGAAUAAAGAUAGUGAUGAAGAUUCCCUCAAUGGUAGUGAAAAGGAAGAUGCAAUCAAGUUCCCCCUGCCUAAGCCUUUAUCCCAAGUCCGUGCCUACCCUCAACCUGGAUAUUUUAAACCCGGCUCCUUUACAGAACUUCCCCAGAUGAAUUCUUCUCCCAUCCUAAGCUUAAAUAAGGAAGAAGAUACUUACAGUGAAAGUGAUGGAAAAAAUAGCGACUCUGAAGAGGGAAGUUCAGAUAGAGAAGACCUCCCCAGGCCAAGUUUUAAAGCUCACUACAAAUCUGAAGAAAAACUGCAAAAUCUAGAAACACCUAAUGACAGAAAAGUAGAAUUAAUGUCGGAACUUGGAUUAGAAGAUGACGACAUUGAAUCACCUUGGGAUUCUGAGUCUGCUUCUGAAAGCCCAAGAAAACAAUCUGCUAGUCCUUCGCCUUUAUCUGCUGUUCCAUCUCACAUGCAGUGUAUUUCAGAGGUCUCAAAUGAAGAUUCUUCUGAGAAAAGUACUUCUUUGGAAAUAAAACAGCCGCUAAAGUUGUUUCCAGAAGGCAAAGUAGUUUUGCCUGUGGCAAAAGGAGAUGUUAUGGCCGACCUAGGACUUGAUGAUGCUGAUGAUAUUGAAGAGCCAACUGAUUGGGACUCAUCCAGUCAUUCAAAAAGCAUAACCCAUAACAACAGUACUACAAGUAUUUCUCUCCAGAAACUAAAUAAGGAACAAACUGGUUCUAAAACUGGUUCAAAAGAAAAGCUUACAGCAACAACCACAUUAUACACUGUGCCUGAACCGGAGAUUGAAAAUCAUAUGCACUCUGGGAAAACUGGGAGUGAGCUAAAUGCAUCAAAGAAAGUUCUUCAACAAUUGCAUGACCUUGGAGAUGAUAUCUCAAAUCGAAAUAUGUUGAACAAUGCUGACUGUAAAACAGAGAAUGGACAUAUGCUAAAGGAAACAAGUGUAAAAUUCAUCUCUGAACCUAGAAAUCACAAUGUCGUGGUUUCUCAGCCAUCAGUUCAGCCCGAGUCCACCUUGCCAGUUUUAGAAAAUGGCCAGGAUUCAUCUUCUGACUCAGAAUCACCUUGGGAGGAUCGAUAUGAGAAGAUGUGGGUAGAAAAUGAUAAAAAGGAAGUGAAAACUCAUUUCAAAGAUGUUACAGCUGAGCUGAAAGUAAAAUUUGGGGAGAUUAAUGAGGGCAAGAAAAAAUCUCCCACUAAGAACUUACCAAACAACUCCAAUAUUAUUUGUACAGCAGAGAUGGAAAAUGCAAGUAGUGAUGAAAAGGAAAAUAAAACUGUACAUUCAUCAUUUGUUGAAAUACCACCAAUGGGACAGAAAUCAUCUAGUACUGAACCCCAGUUCUCACUGGCUUAUGAUAAAGGAUGUCAAAGCAGUAGCUCUUUGCAGUUGAGGAAUGACAUUGUGGAUCCUAAAGAAAACAUUACGAUAGUAGCUGAAACAGGUAAAAAGAAAGACUUUAAUGUAAGUUUAAAAGUGAAAGAUUCCAUAUUCAAACCAAUCCAUCAUAAUUUUAAACAUAAUUCUGCACAAUUGCAGCUAAAAAGUAAUUUGGCCAAUUCAUUAUCACUACCUUCUAAAGGCCUAGAAGAAAAUAUGUCACAUACAAACAUCGAACAUUUUGGUUUAAAUUCAAAGUGUGUGGCUAAAGAUUAUAUUUCAGUAACAAGUGAAAAUAAAUUAAAAGUAAAUGAAGACUUUCUCCUGCAAACGUCGCUUGAAGGUCCAGGUAGAGAAAUGUCUACUGGGGAAGGAUCAAAGAAACAACUGGAUAAAGAACUGGAACAAGAUGUGAAAAGGUUUAAGAAUGAUGUGGGAAUGCUACAAAUGGCAUUUGUGAAUUUGGCAAAAGACAGAGCACAACUUCUGAAAGAGGUUGAUGAGAAACAAUCUGAAAAAAAUGUACACGUAACUGGAGAUGGUGACAAAAAUUCUUUAGGGAUGAAAACAGAUGUUUCUGAACUACAAAGUAAACAAAAUAAUGAACCAAAACACAACUCGCUCCAAGGAGUAACUGGCAAAUACAUAAAUGAAAAGGAGCAGGCGGAGAACACAGAGGAUUUGGAUGACUUUAGCCAAUCCUCUGAUACUGGAACUGAAGAAUGUGAAUUGUCAAGUUCAACUUUUAGAAAUGCAAUGUUGUUGAUAGAUCAGUUAAAUUGUGAAGGCCCAGAUUCACUUAACCUCUUGAAAAUUAAAAAUAUAAUCCACGAGUAUGAAAAAGGAAUACAAAGAGAGAAUGGACGAUACACCUUCCUGUUACAAAAAGUAAAGAAACUGCAAAGUGAAAAGAAAACCUUUCAGCAAACCUUUGACAGUAAUAGAGAACUUAAGUCAAAAUUGGAACACCAUACAGUGGAAUGGGAAAGUGAAUUGAAUAAUUUAAGAUUUACUUUAGAACAAGAAGUAGAAAAGAGGAGGAGUGUAGAAUUGCUUUAUGAUAAAAGCAAAGUACAGCUGAGGAAGAAGGAGGAUCAAUGCUGCAAGCAAGUAGAAGAAAAACAACAGCUUGAACUGACGUUAAGAAACUUGGAUCUUGAAAUGAAAAGUCUGAUGAGCAGUAUGAAACAGAUUGAGGAAGAGCGUACUGAAACUCAAAGAUUGCUUUCACAAGAGCGCAAUGCCAGACGCCUUCAAGAAGCUGCUCUAAACAACCUGAUGAAGAAAAGUGAAACUGAAGAAAAUAGAAAAACACUGACAAAAAGUACAGAGCUUUCUAACCAGCCUUCUGAGACAAGUGAACAAGAAAAGAAAACAGCGAAGGACACACUACAACAAGAAGUUAGUGCACUAAUGUUAGAACUUGAACAAGUUCGUUCUCAUAACCAAGAAGUAGAAACCCAAUACACGGAAGAAAAUAUCGUGUUAAAAGAAAAGAUUGAAGACCUUAGAAGAGAUCUAAAAAUGAAUGAAGAAACAUUAACACAAACUAUUAUCCAGUACAACGGUCAGCUAAAUGCACUUAAGACGGAGACUGCAAUGUUGUAUUCUAAGUUAGAUCAUGAAAAGCAAAACAAGGAGAGACUUGAAACUGAACUGGACUCAAUUCGUUCACGUUUGACCUUCACUACUCAAGAACUAGAGAAAAAUCAGACAUUGAAAACUGAAGCUGAACGCUCUUUACAAAGAGAAAGAGAUGAGUGGAUACGUUCACGUGACAAAUUAAAUAAUGAGUUGUCUAAUAUACAUGAAAAAAACAGCAACUUAUCUCAACAACUUAGCAAGGUGGAAACCAAAUCUAACAGCCUUGAAUGUGACCUUCAUAAAACAACUCUAUCUCUUCAAGAAAAAACUCUUCUUUUAGAAACCACACAAAGGGAUUUGACUCAGGCUUCUUGCCGAAUAAAUGAUCUGGAACAUACACUCCAAAUAGAAAAAGACCAAAUUAAUAAAAGUAGUGUAAAACAAGAGUCACUGAAAGAGAGAUUUGAUCAGAGUGUAAGUGAGAACUUGUUACUUCGUCAGCAGCUAGAAGAGUUGCAGAACAAAGGCAUUGUAAAAGAAAAGACUUUGAGUGAAGUGCAGGAGAGGUUUUCAGAUAUGUACAAUAAACUUCGGGCUGAUACUGAGAGACAGGUUCAUAUAGUUGAAGAAAGAAACAAGGAUUUGAUUAAUAAAUCAAAUGAGCUUAGAGAACAAAUCUAUAAGCUGGAAACUGAAAAAGUUGAGCGAGAGAGCGCAUUACGACAACUGCAGCAGGAACUUGCAGAUGCCUUGAAAAAGUUAUCAAUGUCUGAAGCAUCCCUAGAGGUUAUAACACGUUAUAGAAAUGAUCUUGAAGAAGAAAAGCAAUAUUUGCAAAAAGAACUUGAAAAGCAUAGGAACAAGCUGGAAGGCUUAGAUGAGCAGCUUUCACUAUCACAGAGAUGUAACCACCAGUUCAAGAAUAUGAUAGAAGAUAAAGAGCGUGAAGUGGCAGCUGCAACUCAAAAAGUUCAGGAGCUUUCCGCAGCAGCAGCUGGUACUCAGAAUGCGGUAAAACAGCUGGAAGAACAUGUACAGAAACUUGAAAUUGAAAAUGCUAAAUUUGAGGCUACUAUCAAGCAACAAAAUGGACAGAUUGAACUACUUCAGAAAGAGCUACAAGAGUCACUUUUAAUACGUAAUCGUAUGGAAGAUUUAAUAACAACUUUACAAUCAUCCAAAAUUGAUUUGGAAGAAAAGUUAAAUUGUCAGGUGCAUAAGCAAAACACAUUGUCUCAAAAUGCACAAGACUCGCAUAAUCUGUGGGAGGAGGAGCUAAAAUCAAAGUCACGAUUGGGAAUCCGCCUAGCAGAGCUUUCACAUGAUAAGUCUGAACUGGCUGACCAGGUUGAAAGUGAAAAAAGGAAGCUGAAGAAAUCAUUAGAGCUCAAGAGAUCAAUCGAAGCAAGAUUAGACCAGGAGAUGAAGAGAAACAAUGAUCUGCAAAGAGAAGUCUCUGGGCUGAAAAAACUUUUGAAGGCUGCUAAAAAAAAGCUGAAAGAAUAUGACACUGGUAUUGCCCAUCAGAGUAGUAAUCAAGAAGUUUCCAAAAACAAGUACCUGGAAACAGAAAGUGAAGUAACAAAAUUUAAAGAAAAGAAUAAAGAACUUUCCUUACAGCUGGAUAGAGAAUCAUUAAAAUACAGACAAUUGGAAUCAACAAACAGAGAACUACGUGAAGAAGUGUAUUCGUUGAAGAAUUUUCAGAAGCAUCAUAAUCAGCAAGAAAAAAGCAGCAGACUCUUGGAAGCAGAAGUAGCUGAUCUAAAGAGACAAGUUGAGUCAAACAAAGCUGAUCAAAGUCUCAUGGAAAAAUACAAAAGAGAAAUAGAAGAGAGGGCAAGACAAGAAUUAUGCCAGAAACUUGAAGAGGUUAAUUUAUUCCUUCAGAGACAGGCAGCUUCGCAAGAGACUCUGGAACAAAUUAGAGCUGAAAGUUAUGCAUCUUUAAAAAAUCAAUUGGAACACAGAAUACAAGAUCUAGAGUUGGAGCUCAAAAUGAAAAACACCCAGCAAGAGACCCUGUGCCAGAAAGAGUGCUUUCAAACAGAACUGGAUAGGUACAAGGAUUUAUACUCUGAAGAACUGAAAGCCAGAAAAGCGCUGACAUCAAAACUUGACAGAGCAAAUGACAGGCUUUCGGAAGUCAAUGCCAAAUUGCUUAAUGAGCGGCAAAGAAAUAAUUCAUUAAUUACAAGUUGUAUUGUAAAUGGAACUUUACCAGCAAAUCCUGUUCUUGAUGCUAGUCAGCUUGGAAAUAUGUGUGGCAAUUUAACAUUGAAUAGAAGUUUUGGACUUGGGGACCAUCACCUGAAUUCUAGUGGAAAUGGCUUGGUAGCAAGUCAAGAUGAAUCAUAUCUUGUUAAGAUGCAACACGAAAUGAACAAAAAUAUCACAAAAGAGCUUGACCAAGCUUAUGCUGAACUUGAAACUGGAUCUACAAGAGUCUCUCCUGUGGGUUCUACUGUCGGCUCCUUAAGAAAUUUGAACACUGAUCAAGACCCAGUAUCCAGAGCCACACAACAGUAUCUAGAAGUUCUUAAGAAGAAUUAUAUGAUCUAAACACUAAUAAAAUGCAAUACUUAACGUUUACAUGAAAGGGUCAUUCCAUUGCCAAAAUGACAGGAUUCAUUAGAGCAUGAAAUGUUUUCAUUACUGAUCCUAACCAACUAUGGGGUCGAUCACAAUCCUUUGAAAAAUCUUUUCAAAUGGAUUAUCUACAAAAAUCCCCAUAGACUUUAAUGGUGAAUUUUGCAGAGAAAUGUCAUUAAAUAAACUUUUCUAAAGGAUUGUGAUUGACCGCAUGUGUUGUAUGUCUGCAGAUCAUGGUCAGUGUGAAGCUAACCUAUU